AUGAAAGAAAAGGUGUUCUGCAACAUCCCAGAAGGUGUUGAGAUGGAUGGCGACUUCGACUGUCUCGAGUUGGUGAAAGCGAUCUACGGUCUCAAGCAAGCGUCGCGCGUGUGGAACGAGACUUUCGACGACUUCGUGUGCUCAAUCGGAUUUCAAGUAUCGGCAUUCGACCCGUGUCUCUACAUCAAGAUGGUCGACGGUCACUGCGUGCUGGUGCUGGUCUACGUGGACGAUGUGCUCGUGACAGGCAGCUCACUCGACUUGAUCGCGCAGACAAAGGCCGAUCUCAAGACGCGCUUCGAGAUGACCGACAGCGGCAAGUGCACUUUUGUGCUGGGCAUCGAAUUGGUCGACGGACCUGACGGCAGUGUCACCAUGUGCCAGCGCCGCUAUGUCGACGACAUCCUUAAGCGCUUCGGUAUGGACGAGUGCAAGGCCACUGUUAGUCCAGUCGACUUGAGCUCUCCACUUGUGCCUAGCAACUCUGCAAGCAAGAUCGAUGUUCCGUUUCGCGAAGCAGUUGGUGCUCUGAUGCACCUGAUGACCGCGACCCGCCCAGACAUAGCGUAUGCUGUGGGUUACGUGUCGCGCUUCAUGGAGAAUCCGCAACAAGAGCACUGGGUUGCAGUAAAGCGCAUCUUCCGCUACCUUCAAGGCACCAAGUCGCACGGGGUCUGCUACCAACCAAGCGACAAGAUCGACUUUCGCGGAUACUCCGACGCGGACUGGGCUGGCGACCACGCGGAUCGCAAGUCGACUUCAGGCUACGUGUUCAUGCUGCUCGGCGCACCCAUCAGCUGGGGAAGCAAGAAACAGUCCAGCGUGUCGCUAUCGACGAGUGAAGCGGAAUACAUCGCGCUGAGUCUGACCAUCCAAGAAGGCAAGUGGAUCCAUCGCCUGCUAUGCGAGGUUCUGACGGCUGCCAACGAGGAAGGUCCAGAGCUUGUCAUCUUUGAAGACAACCAGUCGUGCAUCAAGAUGACGAAGAACCCAGUCAACCACGGCCGUGCCAAGCAUAUCGACAUCAAGUAUCACCACAUCCGUGAUGAAGUCAAGCGCGGCGAAGUGCAGCUUGAGUAUUGCGAGACGGCGACCAUGUUAGCGGACAUCAUGACGAAGGGACUACAUGGACCGCGCCACAAGGACUUGACGACGGCUCUCGGCAUCCGUGCGAGUUCGGAUUGA